AGAAAAAGAAAUUGGACUAGAGAAUACCCAUCCUUUCCAGGAGGGAGUCCACUGAAGUUCAGAAGACCAGGUCUCAGAACGGUGGGGACAGCUGCUUCCCUCUCGGAAGCGUGGCUCAGGUGUGGGGAAGGAUUUCAGGACACUUCCGGGACUCAGUUAACAGCUGAAAAGAAGAUUGUUACAGAGAAGCACCUUGAACUAUCCCUGAGACCCAAGGAAGAAACUGCUGUAUCUAAGAGUACCUGUGGGCUCACAGAUACAACAUGGAGGUCCGGUGGAAGUGAUGUGUCAGAUGAGGAUAAAUCACAAAGAGAUCAUGAAUGUGGUUCUGGAAUAGACAGGUUUUGUAACAGGAACAAGAAUAUUGUAUGUACAGAAGAUGGGGCCAGCGAAGAUGAACUACAGUGUAUUGACUGGGAGACUGACAGUGACAGGGAAGAUAUCAGUGAGUGUAAUGACUUUGAAGACUGUGAGCGUGCUGUGGAAAUAUCAGACUGUGCUUCGUGUUCAAGCAGUCAUUCUUCGACUAGUCACGAGGGGCUCUCUGAGCCCUUGAAGAAAAAUUCUACAGAGAUUCUGGAAUAUUCAUCAGAUAGUGAAAAGGAAGAUGACUCAGAGAAUGUCUUGGUCAUUGAUUCAGAAUCCUCUCCCAAAAACCACAUGGAUUUUGGAUCUGAUGUUAGAGAGGUAAAAGAGAAACUAGUAAGACAGAAGGUGAAAUCUGGAGACACCACUUUGUACGCGCACCAGAAGCAGACAUUUCCCAGGACUCCAGAACCAUCAGCAAAGAAGAAGUUUCUAAGAGGCGGGCUAGCAGAAAGACUAAAUGGACUGCAUAAUCGAGAGAGAUCCCUCAUUUCUUUAUGGAGACAUCAGUGUGUUUCUUACCAAAGGACACUUUCAGGUAGAAAAUCUGGCAUAUUAAUUGUGAAAAUUCUAGAGCUUCAUGAGGAAUGCACCUUCCAGGUUGCUGUGUGUGAGCAGUUGGCAGGCCUGCAGGCCGACAGCCCUUCUCCAGGUGAGGCCCCCAGGACCGGCCUGAAGGUUCUGUUCACCAAGGAGACUGCUUGCCAUCUCAGGGGGCGUCCCCAGGACGUCGUCUGUAUUUACCCUCCCUGGCAAAAACUUAUUAUCCCAAAUGGAAGUUUCCCUGUUAUUCUGAAUACUUAUUUUUGUCAGAAAAUUGUUGCCAAAGAAGAUUCAAAAACGAUACGUGAAGUGUACUCUUGGGGCACACCCCUUCCAAGAAGAAGUAUCACUUUGGAUCACAUGUUUAUAUUUAAGUGUCUAACAACUGCAUCUCCUGAGAGCCAGGUCAUGUGUGCUGGUCUCCCUACCGUGAGGACAGAUUGCACCCACGGACACGAGGAAAGCAAGCAGUACCUUCCGCCUCAGAACUCGCUGAGGGGUUCCCUUCUGGAUGUAGUGGAAAGCCAGGGAGCUGCCACCUGGUCAGGAGUCGGCGUCCGAGUGGUGGUACAGAGAGUUUACUCUCUUGCCUGCAGUGAUCAACAGGGAGGGAGCUCGGCGGUCCCGCCUGCCCCAGACCCAUCUAGAGUUCGACUCUGCCUUCUCGUGCAAGAUGCCUAUGGCAUGUUCAGUGAAGUGCACUGUGAGGGCACCGGCCUCGAAGACCAACAGUUGGAAGGGAAACCCUGCAGCCUGAUGGGAAUGAAGGUUCUGCAGAAGGCCACCAGAGGAAGGUCGGCAGGGCUUUUCAGCUUGAUCGACACCAUGUGGCCUCCAGGGAUGCUUCUGGAAGCCGCUGGCCGUGGCCAAGCCUGUGAAGAGGUAAAAGCUCACGGACCUCCUCCCAGCUUUUGUUACGUCCUCGCUGCUCAUCCAGAUAUGGGACAGAUUGAUCCGAUCGAAGACGACCCCAUUUCUAAGCUUUACCAACCUCCAGUUCCCCGCGUCCUAAGAGAAAUUCUCCAGACUGAUGAUCUCAGUACGCGUUGCAGUUUCUAUGCCAGAGUGAUUUAUCAACGAUCACAGCAAAGGGAGACUUGGCUGGUGGUGACUGACGUCAGCCUGCAGGGGCAGGAGGGGAAUGACCCUGGCCUCCCCAAAACCGUCUCCGUGUGUGUGGCCCCCUCCUGCGUGCUGAGCCGGGCAGUCCUGGACGCGCUCACCCAGGCCGCCUCUCACAGCUUCCUCUUCAGGGACACUCUCCGAGCCCACGGUCAGAUUGUUUGUGCUGAACGAAGUGUCCUUUUGCUUCAAAAGACCCCUUUGAGCGCGGCCUCCAGUGUGCCCUCCUGUGAACUGACCAGCCCCGUGCAGCUCAGCAAACUGGACUCUGUCACUCAGGUCAACUCCGUCUGCAGCGUUCAAGGCACCGUGGUUGGUGUGGAUGAGAGCACCGCCUUCUCAUGGCCCACUUGUGACCUGUGUGGCAACGAGAGACUGGAGCAGAGCCCGGGACACAGAGGCUCCUUUUCCUGUGGGGACUGCUCCCGGGUGGUCAGCUCUCCUGUGCUCAGAAGGCACCUGGAGGUGUUCCUGGCCUGCCCCUCUCGGCCGCAGUGCACCGUGAAGGUCAAGCUGUCGCAGCCCAGCAUCUCCUCACUCCUGAGCGUGGCCGCCGGCGAAGACGGGAGCUAUGAAGUCAGGAGCGUCCUCGGCCAGGAGGUGGGGCCGCUGCCGUGUGUCGUCCGGUCCGUGAGCGCGCACCCGGCCGGCGGCGUCCGAUUGGAGGAGGUUGAGCUCCUGACUGCGGGGAGGGCCUCUUCCCAGCCCGGCCGGCGGCCGUAGGAGCGUGAACUUUGUGAUGCCGCCGCGGCGGCGGCGGUUUGCGGUUGGUUAUUUGUUAACUACGGGCAGAGAGAGGAGCGUCCUGUGUGAUCUGGAAAUGGAACUUAGAUUUUUCUGGGGCAAACGUUAGUAAGGUAAUUUUGUAAACUAUACAUCAAAGUGCUUUUUUGUACUAUUUUAUGGGUCUAUUUUAUGACCUUUCUGCCAAUUUAGGAACAUGUUAUAUUAAAACUUAAAUCAGCAUAAGGUAUUCAUUUUGUAUUUCAUCUUAGGCAAUAUUAAAACAGCAAGAAAAAAAUUCUGUUCUUUUUUUUAAGUGUUUAAAAUUGCUGCUCAUAAAGUAUAGGUGAGUUACCUGGUGGGAUUAUCGCCUUACCGGACAGAGAGAGACCUGUUUCGUCGCGCUGGGCACUGUGCACGAGAGCCCAUGAGACUCAGGAGGAGGGACUGGUUAUUGUUUGCUUCGUUGGCAGAGAUUUAAAUUAACAUGAAAUGAAUAAAUUGCCUUUAGACAAUAAAAA